AAAAUAUUUAAACAUAUAUAAAUCCCAUCUUAUCUUUUCCACGUAGAAAUAAAUCGAAAUAUUACGCUAACUUUUCAUAUCGUACAUCAAAUUUCGCAAAAUAAUAAUAGAAAACAUUUAUCUUCCCCCACCGACUUUUAUCCUUCGCUGCUGCUCUUUUACUGCUCUCAUCCACCGUCUUCCCACCGAUCGCGAUUUGGGAUGGCGAGGGCGGGAGGGAUAACGAACGCGGUGAACGUGGGAAUCGCCGUCCAGGCCGACUGGGAGAACCGCGAGUUCAUCUCCAACAUCUCCCUCAACGUCCGCCGCCUCUUCGACUUCCUCCUCCAAUUUGUUAAGUUUUGUGCUUCUCCAGAGGCUACAACAAAGAGCAAACUGGCUGCUUUGAAUGAGAAGCUUGACAUCUUAGAGCAUAGGUUAGAGGUGCUUGAAGUCGAAGUUAGCAGUGCAACAACUAAUCCUUCCGUUUUCACAUAAAAUUUGUCCUUUUUGUUAGACCUCUGGAAAAUAAAAGUGAUCUUGUCAGCUGUACCUUUCAUCUUUCAGUAUAGCGUUGCAGAUUAUCAGGUGAUCUCUACUCAGUGUUGAUGAUGAAAUUUGUUGACUUGUAUACUAUUACAUCCGAGAAUCCACUAGAAAAUUAGUCUCAGCAUGAUUUCAGGUGCUUACAUUUUGAGCUUUUGA